AGCUCGUUUGACUUAUGUAUUGAACCUUCGGACAUGAAGAGGCUGCCGUACUGACUGAAUUUUUCGCAGUACUGGAAUCAGCUGUAACCGGAUGUGAGUGUCUGUGUGACUUCCUGUUAGGCUGAAGGAUGCUGGAAAGUGUCCGAGUUUCCUGCAGCUGUGUGUCCGCCAUAGACUGAAGGCCCGUCAGACACACACGCAGUCUGUCCGCUUGUCUCCGCCGCUUUGAGACGCACUUCAUCCCGGAGGGUCUGAUCUGAACACCGGGGAAAGUGCUGGAGCUUCAUCAUGGAGCUGGUCUCGGUUUAUCGCCUGGGGUCUUCUAAAGGAAAGGACGAGUCUGGCAGAGGAGGAGAAGAAGAAGAAGAAGAGGAGUCUGACAGAGGAGGAGUGGAGGAAGAGGAGGACUGUGACAGUGGAGGGGACGAGCACUGUGAGCCACUGUGUGUGGAUCCAUCAGAGCAGGAGGAAAAAGACGAAGAUGUAUCAAAACCUGACUCCUGUCAGGAAGCUGACAAGUCUUUCGCAGCAACGGGAAGUGGAGAUAAAUCUCACAGAUGUGAUGUGUGUGGAAAGACUUUUGCUCGGAUCGGGCAUUUUAAAACACAUCAGCUGAUCCACACAGGAGUUAAGCAGUUCAUAUGUGAGCAGUGUGGAAAGUCUUUCACUCGGAUGGGUCAGUUAAAAGCACAUCAGGUGAUCCACACGGGAAUUAAACUGUUCAGCUGCGACCUGUGCGACAAGUCUUUUUAUCGAAUGGACAACUUAAAAGCUCAUCAACUCCUCCACAGUGGGCUGAAACCAUACAAGUGUGAUGAGUGUGGGAAGAAUUUUCCCACCACAAAACAUCUCAGGACCCACAAAUACAUCCACACGGAAGUUAGGCCUUUCAGCUGUGAUCAGUGUGGAAAGGCUUUUAAAUUCAUGGGGGAGCUAAAAAGACACAAUCUCAUCCACACGGGGGUUAAAGCAUUCAGCUGUGAUCAGUGUGGGAAGGCCUUUACCCGGAUGGGCGAGUUAAAAGCUCAUAAACUGAUCCACACUGGAGUCAAACUCUUCAGAUGUGACCUGUGUGGAAAGUCUUUUAUCCGGCUGGAUCACUUAAAAACUCAUCAGCUGAUCCACACUGGAGUUAAGCUGUUCAGCUGUGACUUGUGUGGGAAGUCUUUUACUCGAAUGGACAACUUAAAGACACAUCAGCUCACUCACAGCGGACUUAAACCCUACAGGUGUGAUCAGUGUGGGAAAGAUUUCACUUGUAAGGGGAACCUGGUUACCCAUCAGCGCACCCACUCUGGCAGUAAACCAUAUAACUGUGACUUCUGUGGAAAAGCUUUCAGCCUGCAAAAGACUCUAAGAACACACCAACGCAUGCACACCGGGGAGGACGUGUACUGCUGUGAGCAGUGUGGGAAACCCUUCGUGCAGUACUCCCACUUAAAAGCCCAUGAAAUUACCCAUACUGGAGAUAGACCACACCGCUGUGAUGAGUGUGGGAAAGCCUACAGACGCAUUAGCGAUCUGAGAGUCCACCAGAGAAACCACACCGGGGAGAGACCAUACAAGUGUGACCAGUGUGAAAAGACGUUUAAAUCUUCGGAUGUCCUGAAACGACACCAACAGAUCCACACCAGGGAGAGGCCGUUCAAGUGCAGUCAGUGUGAGAACGGUGAAGGUGGACCCAGCGCUGAGCCCUGUCAGCACUACACCAUCGUUAAGCCGUACCAGUGUGACCAGUGUGGAAAAUCCUUCAGCAGUCAAAGAACCCUACAAAGACACCAGCGUAUGCACACUGGACACAAACUGAACUACUGCAAAGAAUGUGGCAGAGGCUUUCCCACACCGAGUGCAUUAAAACGCCACGAAGUCCUCCACAGGACUAAAAAGCACGUCUGUGACCAGUGUGGGAUGUCAUUCACAUCUGCCAAAGGCCUGCGACAACAUAAACUAGCCCACGUUGAGGAAAGCAUUCAUAUCCAGACGCUGGGAGAUAAGCUUCUCGUGUUCACGUCAUCGUACACAUCGUGAACGCAGCUGCGCUGAAGACACCCGUGAUCACAGCGUGGGAAGAGUUUCAUAAUCACUAAUGCACUGUGUCACCGCGUGCAGCAAUAUUCACUUCAUUAUCUUCUCUAUGCAAACAUCAGCGUGAUCAUGCAGAGCAGAAGAUCAUUUCCAAUUAUCUGUGAUAACACAGGACGACACACAGUGCAGCUGAAACAACAGGAAGACCCUACAGAUACAUACAUAUAUUCUCCCUGAUAUUUUGUAGCCUGUGUACGAUAUUUGAUAUUUAAUCAGCUUUGAUAUAAAAGUGGAAUUAUUAUAAUUUUUAUUUUCUGUCUUAUGUAUAUUCCAGUGGCAGAUACUACAUGUACACAUACUCCCUGUGACUCAGACUUUAAACACUUUAAACACACACAAAAGUUGAGUCUGUUCAUCUGGAUGUGGUGUUUUCACUGGGAGAAAGUUUUCGUCACUCAUCCAAGUGACUUUUUCAGUAUGAAAACACUACGUCCAGAUCAACAGAAUCAACUUCAUGGGAUUUUCUUACCUGGAUGAUUGAGCAUGCCUCAGGACACAUCUCAAACAGCCAAUCAUAAGAAAGCUGACUGAAAGGGGGAGGCGUUAAAACAGAGCAGACUCUACAGAACACUACAGAAGUAAUAUGUGUGAAUAUAAAUCUAUAAUAGAUCAUUAUGAUGCCAAAGAGGCCCAAACAGCCAGACCAGGAAACAAUCAUGACGUCAUGCUGACACGUUUUUAAAAUCAGAAAGCAGCAAUAAUGAUAAUAAUAAACAGCAAUAAUAAAGCUGGUGACUCGUCACUUUUGUCAGUUCAGAUCAAAAAUAAAUUCUGCAAAUGAUGGCUGGAGUGUUUCUCCGGGUGAAGCUGAAAGUCCUGAUCCAGCAGCUUCAGGGCUGAUGAUGGUUUAUGAUGAGUUUUCUGUGAGGAAGAUUAUUGAACUUACUUUCAAGUUUCACUGCAAGGAAACUUUAGAAAUCCUACAGAUUAUGUGCAUUUUAUUGGUUUUGCUGCACAUCUUUGAACCAAUAAGCUUGUUUUUUUACUACAGACGUGUCUGUUGGGUGUGUACAUUUUAUGUCACCGUCACUUGUGAUUGCUGCUAAAUGUUUCUGUCGUAUUCGAGUGUUGGUUGAGUCGAUGCGAUGCGCUUCACUUUGAACGUUGGUUUCUCAUGUUUUUGUAAGUUUAGAUGAUGUAGCAGGACGGCGGAAGGUGUAAAAGCGUUGUUGCACUGUUAUAAAUUAAUAUAAUAAGCUCCCAUUUGUGGUGUUUAAAUCCUGAUGAUAAACUUUUUGGCUUUUGAGCUGGAGACUUGGAGGGCUGAGGGUUCUUUUAAAUAUGAAGGAAGUAUACAAAUAAAUGUCAUUUCAUUACAUAAGGCAGUAACCUUUCCCAGCCUCCAUCUAAAACGAGGAACGCUUGGUUCAGACGACAUCAUUAUAACCGAUGAGGACGACUCACACGCGAGUUUCACAAAGAAUAAAAAUUUGUGCUGCACCUGAGAGGCUUCACAGCUUUCCAGCAGAUGGACUAGUUUGUUGGAGUUUAUUUUUGCACAGGGAUUUCACUUCAGUGAGGCCUACCUGUGCAACAUCCACCUGCUCUGCUGUGCACAGCCGGAAACACUGUGAAAGUCGACCUUGAAACGGAGCAGGCGGGAAGCGUCCUUCAGACACUUCAAUGAAGCUUCACUCCUCAUCUUAAUUAUGAAGACACAGCUUCAGCAUCUUUAGUUUAAAAAAGUCACUUUAAAGAAAAAAUAUAAUUGAUGUUGGAGUGUGUUUAAAAUAUUUACUUCCCUCUACAUUUCUGAAACACGCCUACUUUGCCUUGUUCUGUAACUUUGAUGGGAAAGGUGCAACCUAAAGUUAUUAUGUUAGGGUCCAUCUUGGACUCUUGAGGGUUCACGCGUUGACGCCGUGCAGCCCCAUGCACGGGGCGAUCCGCGGUAUCUUGUUAACGGCGAUUUGCCGCGUUACUGCAGUUAUGGCGUUAACGUCAUUUUAACGAGAUUAAUGCUGACAGCACUACUCCACAUACAAAUUCUCUCCACAAUCAGUGGACAAAGGGCUGAGCAAGCACCGACUGAAAGUGAGUGUGAUUAUUUGUAACUGAAGGUUGUUAGUCACUGCUAUCAUUUUCAUUUAUUGGCCCAUCACCAGUUGAAGUCACUCAGUGUCACAGCUUUGCUGCAGCUGCUCUCUGUGUUGAUGCCCAUUAAGCCUCUAAAACUCUUUAAACCGGUGACACAGCUGCCAUCGUCUGAGUCCGGCAUAAAUCAGUGGAAACACCUUCUAAACCACUAAAGCUGCUGAGGGGUUCAUGCAUGAUUAAGAAGCAGAUCCAGACCUCGCACUUAGAAGUAUUUACUAUAUGUUAUAGCAGUAUUUAUCAGAGGGUCUUUUAUUUCUGCAGCUGCUUUCUGAUCAAAUCCAGCCACAGUAUCUCUGUAGAACAUCUGUAAGAGCCACAUUGGGCAUUACAGCACCGACUAAGACCAAAGGGAGGGUUCGGCUGUAAUGGUGUAGCUAUCAUAAGAAGUGUGAAUAUUAGAGUCUUUCCGGACUUUUGACCAAGAGACCACUUCAUAUAUCUGAAGUGAUUUUAAGGGUUUUUUCUAGACUCAAACGCGUCCGGGUUUGUCAUGUACCGCUGAUAUUCCAAGGUCGGGCUCAGCCCUGCGUCGUCUUCUUGUGUUGGUUGGUGUUCUCGUCUGCUGGACAAUCUGCAAUGCUGACAAAGGAGCACAAACCUGAAGGAAACUCUCAGUGAGGCUGAGAUCAGCUUUCAACUGAUUUCUGUUGAAAGCUGAUGUUGGACAGACUGAUUUAGACUGAAGUACUUUCAUCAUUCUUGUCCAACUGAAGAAAAAUAUAUAAUAACAAUGUGUGAUUAUUUAGCGUUUAAAGUAUUUUCUCUGUCAAAGGAUGUAAAUCCUGCUUGAAUUUUGGAGUGAUGCCUUUUUUUUCUGUUAGACACAAAAAGUGUUUUUUUCUGCACUCAAGUAAAUGCAUAUCAAUAAAAGACAGAAC